AUGGGGCCUGUCACAGUCUGUGUGACAGAGGGCGGCAWACAGGCCCUGGCUGCCAGGCUCUCCCAGUCGGCCGCUGCCAGGUCCUAUGGGGUCUUCUGCAAGGGGCUGACCCGGACCCUGCUCAUCUUCUUCGACCUGGCCUGGAAGCUCCGCAUCAACUUCCCCUACCUCUACAUCGUCGCCUCCAUGAUGCUCAACGUGCGGCUGCAGGUCCAUAUUGAAAUCCACUGACCUGUGGCUUGGUAUGUUGCUUGUGAUCUAUGUUGGACUAGUCAAUCACAUUCUCAGACUUGGCCUGUCGUGAAACAACAAAGUUGUGCAGGUUUCCUGUAAGAAUAUGGAGAAAGAAGACCAGAAACAAGUCUAUGAAAGUGGCCAAGGUCAUCCCAAGGCAACAACUCACUUCACACAUAUACAUUCAUUGUUGAACAACUCUGAAAAUCAAAGAUGCAGUUUACAAAAAGAAUUGCUUUCUCUUAAUAUUGGGAAUUCUUCAGUUUUUAAUACUAUACCUCUCUGUUAUAUCGGCAAGGAAAUGCUUCUGAGUUUGAAUGAAUCAGCAGGAAGAAACUCGAUUACAGCUGCUGCUUCAACAGAUUCAUUUUGUCUGCAUUUUCUCUUUGAGAAAGAGAGACCUGAUAAGGUUUCUCUCUGCACUAACAGUACUUUAAUAAAGGGCUGGAAGGAGGAAGCUUCUUGUUUUGCUAGGGAUUUGAGUAACUGGUGCUGUCUAGGAGGCAACACUGUAUGUUUUGCACGCUUCUGGCUGUCAGAGCUGCUGUUUAAUCAAAACCUGCAGUUUCUGGAACUGGAAAUGAAUGGCAGCAUACAGAAUGAAUUGCAGCUUUGGUUUCCUGAAGAGUUUGAAUUUAGACUUUGGGAUCUUUAUUCUAUUCCAGUUGCCUCACUGAGUGAAUAUACUAUGGGACUCUUAAACCACCAGAAACUGUGUUUCUUUCUUUGUUACUUAAAUAUGGUAUUUUCAGAGCAAACAGUUGGAUAUAAGAAAAUGCUUUCAAACAUAAUGUAUGUGACAAAUAAUUCUCACAUCAUACACCUAGCAAUUUCUGUGCUAACUUUUGCACUAGCAGGUCUCUGCUAUGCAGUAGCAAACAUAGAAAAGACUCUAAAAUUUUAAUUAUUAUUUUUAACAUUAGCAGAAAUUUAACAGAUUAAAUCAGAGAGACAAGGUUACAGUUCAAGUUUUAAAGUAGACAGCUAGAGUGAAAUUAUACUUGUAAUUGCUAGUAAAACUGGCUGUUGAAUAACAGGGAUUUCUUUUAAUGUGAAAUAUCUGUCUCCAAGUGGAAAGAACUUAAUCUUAAAAACUGUUUGGGACUUCUGCAUGUCUCCUGUUAACACUAGGCUGGAACUCAAUAUGAUUCUUCUCAUGGAUUCUUUGUUUCUUUUAUUUGCUGAGUGCUCUGGCUACUGUUUACAAUCAUUUCUAACAAAACUUACUUGUAGAAAUGAACUCCCUCUCUGAAUCCAACAACUACUACUGUUUAUUAAAACAUACUCAAUUGGAAAGCUAUUAAAAGAUUGGAGAGGGCAUCUUCAACCUAGCAUAGUUCUCAGUAGUGUUCAUUUUCAAAUAUGGUACUGCUCUAAUUUAAACAGUAUCUCAUGAACUUCAUUUGUCUGUAGUUAAAUGGACACACUAAAAAUAAUUUUCCAAGGGAACAUUUCCUUUCCUUGGGAAAGAGAUUGUUAUCACUGAAGCAUAGUAAUCCUUUCUGGGUCUGUUGACUUUGGAUUUGGGACAGACUUCUACAGUGUUGGGCAGAGAAUGGAGCAAGCCCUUUGAAAUCAAUAGAUUUGCUUGUGAAUAAGAACUUCCAGGAAUAUGUUCUGUUGGGCAUGUAGAUGGGGAAACUUAAUGUGCAGUUUGUCAAAAUUGGUGUUUGAAAUUCUCAACAAAGGGACUUAGUGUAGACAGGCUUAAUGUGUUCUGUGGACUUGCCUGAAGAGGGAGGUAUUGAUUUGGUGAGUUAGGAUGCAUUUCAGUUCUCUUUGCUGUGAAUUAAAGGUGAGGACUURCUGCAGAGUAAACUUAUGUUAGUGAUUGUUAAACUAAGUAUCCCUUUUGCUGUCUUGCUUCCUUCACUUUGGAAACAGACUAAGCAGUGUUGCAUUUGGUCUGAAUCGUGUUCACCUGGGAAGUCAGUAGAGUUUCUCAUACAGUGCUUCUUUGUGUGUUAGUUCACUGCACAAAAGCCUCCUUAUGUAAGAAGUCUCUCAUUAUGAAGAUGAGAUGCCAGUUAUCAGUGUUAUGGGGAGAAAUGUUUGCAUUUUUUUUAGCCURGAGGAGUGCUGAAAGUAAGAUAUUUUAGUUCCUUUGUUAAAUAGUAUUUUUAUUACCYUUUGUUGACUAUUUCUUUUGGCUGUUAGAAAAGAUUUUAAAAGAAUGUUUUAAUUUAGACAGUAACCUUUUCAUAGGUAUAUGACUCUUAAUUGUUUAACUCUUAGACUUUUGACCACAUGAUUACUAGUCACAAAAAUACCAGAAACUUUAAUGUAAUAAUGGCUUAUAUAUUAUAAGUAAUUAUUUUGACAGYAAACUUCAGUCAAGCUGUUUAUACUAUUUUUUCCCCUCUGCUGCUGCAGUUUCACUGCCAAGAGUGAUAAUACUACUGCAAGGUGGCAUUAACACGAAUGCUUAUGGAACAAGAUUGCUGAAAUACAUGGAUUUCAAACUCUAACUGCCAGAAAAAAAAUGGUUCCUCAGAAGUUUGUGGCUUAUUUGACUUAUGCUGUUAAAUUGUCCCUGUAUACCCCCUUGACUCUAAAAACAUCUGGGAGAGACGAUGGCUCAGGAAUGAAGGUGGGGAGGAACUGAAACCUAUUGAAGCGGUCUUGAUUGCUAAAGAAACCAUUAUGCAACUGCGUUUUAAUCYCUAUAACUUACUAUAUAGGUAAAGGAAAAACUUCUGCUAUAUAGAGUGCUUAUUUUACCUUUGUACCUAAACAGAACCCUGCCUCCAUAACUGAUUGCUUGAUUUCCUCUAUAAAGAAUCUGUUGGCACACCUGUACCUGUAGUUACAGGUGAGAGCUGCUCUAUUCAGCUAAACAGCUUGGCAUAAUGUUCUCUUCCCUGAUGUACAUUUGGCAAGCGUGUGCUUUGGAACCACUGUCUUACUGUUAGAUCGAUAAGCAAGCAGAGUAGCUGAUGGCAUAAAUGCAUUAACCCUGUCMUUACACAUUUAUUGGUGGUGAUUUAAAAAUGGGAGAGAAAAACAAGAGAACCUGUAAAUUAUAACUUAAUGUAUAUGUAGUGGGGUGUCRGGAAUUGUCUUUUUUUGGAUAAUAAGCUUAUUCAGGAGGGGAUCUUGAAUUGAUGGAUUGUAUUAUACAUCACAGUCCAGAUAAUAUAGUCCUGUCAUAAGCAAAAUUUGCAUUGAGUGGCCUUUAGUACUAUAGGAUCACCUUAAAUAACAGUACAGAUAAGCAACAUGAUGGGUAUUUGUGUAUUAUAUGUAUAAUUAAUAUAAGUUUUAAAUAAUGUCUCGAGUGGAUUUAAUCCAUUUUAACAUAGUUUAUGUACUUUGCCUUGGAUUUUAUUGCUAAAAACCUGAAAGGUAACUUUCUAACUUGAACAUUCCAUGUAAAUUGAAAUAAAGGAUAGUUUAGUAUGCUAAAAUCUCAAUAUGUUGCACUUUACACUUGGGAAGGUCAUAGAUUGAAAGCAGUGUUCUUGCACUAAUAAAACUAUUAAACUGGCAGAGACAACUUGAAUGACAGCUUUCUUUUCCUCUUUAUGGGGAGAAUAAUGAACCAAAAUGAUGGCAAUCAUUUGAAGCUAUAUAUUCUAUAAUUUUAUAUAUAGACCACUAUUUUCUUCAAACAAGUGACUUGAUGUUAAUUCAUCUCAAAGGAUGGAGAAGAUGUCUCRGCUGAGAAUCAGUUUGUAGGGAGUUUCAUGCCUCCCUAAGUCACAUACAAAAAGAGUUUUUCAGAGUAAAUGUACUGUUAGG